AUGGCGACGACCAGCGAGCACCCUAACACUACAGUGUCUGUACAGAUGGGUACAAAGGUUCUGCUGAGCUGCCCUCCUGUUCCACUGACAAAGGCAUUAGUAAUUACAUGGGUAAUAACCCCCAGAGGCGGACCUGUCUGCAUAAUAGCCUAUAAAGCAGACACAAAGGAGACCAGGGAAAACUGUACUGACAGGAGAAUCACCUGGGCCUCCACACCUGACCUGAGUUCUGAGCUGCAGAUCACCACAGUGGCCCUCGAGCAUGCUGGAUAUUACUCAUGUGAGAUAGCAGCAAGUAAUGGGCAUUUCCAAAAAGGACAUGACCUCCAAGUGCUGGUCCCCCUUGAAGUAACCCUAUUUCUAGGCAAAAAUAGAACUGCUGUUUGUGAGGCAAAUGCAGGCAAGCCGGCUGCGCAGAUCUUCUGGACUCCAGAUGGGGAUUGUACCACUAAGAGUGAACCACACAGCAAUGGCACAGUGACUGUCAGGAGCACAUGCCACUGGGAACAGAACAAUGUGUCUACUGUGAUCUGUUUUGUCUCCCAUUCGACUGGCAACCGGAAUCUUUCCAUAGAACUGAGUAGAGUUACUCCCUUCUCCCUGCAUUCCUUGCUGACCAUUCUUUAUGUGAAAUGUAACCUUUUGGGGAUUGUUCUGCUCAUCAUAGGAUUUAGAUUUUUCAAGAAGAGAAUUAAUCUCAGAAUUCACGAAACAGGUGGAAGCCAUGCAGUAUGA